UCUCUCACAAUUCAUCGCCUGACAUUUUCUUCCUCUCAGAGAUCACUCUUAGGCAACUAGGGUUUCUCACAAACAUGGCGGCAGCUCCUCCAAAUUCCGUCCAAUGCUUCGGCCGGAAGAAGACGGCGGUUGCCGUAACUCACUGCAAGGCUGGUCGUGGCCUAAUCAAAAUCAACGGUGUCCCAAUCGAGCUUGUUCAGCCUGAAAUCCUCCGAUACAAGGCGUUCGAGCCGAUCCUUCUUCUUGGACGCCACAAGUUUGCUGGCGUUGACAUGAGGAUCCGCGUCAAGGGUGGAGGUCACACUUCUCAGAUCUACGCAAUCCGUCAAAGCAUCUCGAAAGCUCUCGUCGCUUACUACCAGAAAUUCGUUGAUGAAGAACAGAAGAAGGAAAUCAAAGAUAUUCUCGUGAGGUACGACAGGACUCUUCUCGUUGCUGAUCCGAGAAGGUGCGAGCCGAAGAAGUUUGGAGGUCGUGGUGCUCGUGCUAGGUUCCAGAAAUCAUACCGUUGAAAACAGAGUAAUGUUAUUGCCCUUUUUGAAACUAUUUUUAAUUUGUGUCUUGUUUCUUGUUCUGAGAGUAUUUUGCGACAUUGUUAUGGUGUUAUCUUUCGUAGAAGUUUAAUUUUGUUAGACUGUUUUCAUGAUUACCUAUUUCCGUUUUCCAUAUAAUCAAUCAUCUUUUGCUAA